UAUCAACAAGGGUCUGUUGCUUGGUGUCAAGUAUUCACGGCGAGGCUCAGCUAAGAAACAGCUGGGGGCUAGGGGCUGAAUUCAUCCCUGACGCCACGAUUUCCAUAUUUAUGCUCUUUGCAGGACACAUCAUCAGCUCCUCCUCAUAUCCAAUAUCCAACACCAUCAGCCUUUGAAGAUGGAAGAUCUCCGCUACGUCACCGAUGGGCAGCGGCACUAAUCUAACGCCCGACGCCAAGAGGACCUUUGGGACAACAAACAAACUUAUGUUGGAACCAUCAGGCGGAUGCCCGGCCCUAGCACACCUUUACCAAUCACUCGGGGCCAUUUAUCUCCUCAAUAGCCCAAUGGGGACUUGCCACAGACCACCAAACGGCAUAUGCUUGAAGCCAGGUAGUUUUGGGCUACCCCGUCAAUCAAAAGCUGCUGUGUUGGCUGUGACUCUGCACCAAGGGGGGCCGUGUCGAAGCUCAUCCCAUGAACAAAGGCCUGUCUCAUCAGCUGUCCUUCCCAUCUGCAUACUCCCGAUCCAGGCUUACGGCCAUAUCAAUCCGAAAGGUCUUUUUAUUUUUAUUUUGGCGGUCUACCACCAACACCGGUAUAUACCCUUGAUCAGAGGGAGUAACGGGGCAAUAACCUCCCAUCAUUGCAUUGGGGAAGUUUGUGCCUUACCGCCACGUGGGCGAAUCUAAACUCUCCCUGACUCUCUUGACGGAGAGUUCACACAACGCGGGGGCUAGGAACAAAACUUAUAAGCACAGGAUGACGGUAGACAAGCUGUCGUGGAAGCUUCGUGAAUUGCUCUACAGUAGCUGGUGCGCCCGUUUUUAGUAACUAUUACAAGAAAAGAACGAUAGCCGGCUUCAAAGAAAGGUAUCUAUCGGAUGCG